AUGGCUACUGCAUUUGUCGACCCCACCAUUCCGAAGGAGUCUCCGAUUACUUCAGAAGUCCUGCAGCAGACAGCGGCCAAGAUUGGGGUCCGUGUCCCCGAUAGUAAAGCGGAUGAGUUCACUGAAAUGCUGGCGAGUGCCAGAGAGACCAUGGAGCAGGUCAUGGCAAUGCACGACUUCAUGCCAGCUUUGGACACGGAAAGGUACCCGCGUACUGGAGUGACAGCUGUUGCAACAGAGGACAACCCUCUCAAUGCGUGGGCAACAAAAGUCAUAGUGCGAAACGUCAACGAAGACGAGGUUGCUGCCGGAAUACUGGCGGGCCAACGGGUCGUUCUGAAGGACAAUGUUUGUCUUGCAGGCGUGCCAUGCCAUUUCGGCACAGAUGUCUUCGCAGGUUGGGUCCCACAGACUGAUGCUACUGUAGUGACGCGCAUUCUUGAGGCUGGCGGAACCCUUCCCUCAGUUUCUGCAUUUGGUAUCUCCAAUACGUCUGCGCUCGGUCUCGUCGGCAACCCAUAUGGCAAAACGCGCUCUGCUGGCGGGUCCAGCUCUGGCUGCGGUGUACUCGUCGCGACAGGCGAGGCCGACCUCGCCAUUGGCGGCGACCAAGGCGGCUCUAUUCGUCUCACGUACAACACGUUGCCGUUCAACAAUACUGGUCACCCCGCGUUGUCUGUUCCUUGUGGGAUGCUACCACCGCCGGAAGGCCCAGAGACCUUGCGCUUGCCUGUUGGCAUGCAACUGGUCGGAAAGUAUUGGGAUGAGCUCACGCUAUACAAGGCCGCAUUGGCCUGGAGCGACGCAUUUGAUUGGAAGGAGCUCUGA